CCACCAGAAUUGGGGCUGUCGCCGGGGGGAGGGAGACGUGCCGCGGGCCCAAGGCUGAGCCGCCCUCCCCGCCGAGUUCUCGUCCGGCCCUCGGCAAUCCCAAGCCCGAGCCGCCGGCUGCGCGUCCCGCGCCCCCUUCUCGCCACGUCUUACCUCCCGCGCGCUUUGAUGCGGCAGCUUUGGGCCGGGGCCGCUCCGCUUCUCCGAUCGCUGGGACCCUACCCGACGGCUCCGCCCUCGCCCCUCGCCCUGAGUCCCUGCCAACCCGGGGGAGGUGGGGUCCGGGCCGGGCGCAGCCCCGCUGAGGCAGCAUGUUCACGUCCAAGUCCAACUCGGUGUCGCCCUCGCCGUCCCUGGAACAGGCCGACUCGGACGCGCUGGACAUCAGCACCAAAGUGCAGCUCUACGGCGUACUGUGGAAGCGGCCUUUCGGGAGGCCGUCGGCCAAGUGGUCCCGGCGGUUUUUCAUCAUCAAAGAGAGCUUUCUGCUUUACUACUCUGAGAGCGAAAAAAAGAGCUUUGAAACCAAUAAAUACUUCAAUAUACAUCCUAAGGGCGUCAUCCCUCUGGGGGGCUGCAUCGUGGAGGCCAAAGAAGAGCCCAGUAUGCCCUAUGCCAUGAAGAUCUCUCACCAGGACUUCCAUGGGAACAUCUUGCUUGCUGCUGAGUCGGAGUUUGAGCAGAUCCAGUGGCUGGAGAUGCUGCAGGAGUCUGGGAAGGUGACCUGGAAGAAUGCCCAGCUGGGAGAAGCCAUGAUCAAAAGCCUGGAGGCCCAGGGGCUGCAGUUGGCUAAGGAAAAGCAGGAGUAUUUAGACAAACUGAUGGAAGAGACGGAAGAACUCUGCCUUCAGAGGGAGCAGAGAGAGGAGCUUGAGCGCCUCAACCAGGUGCUGGAGGCCGAGAAGCAGCAGUUCGAGGAAGUGGUGCAGGAGCUGAGAAUGGAGCAGGAGCAAAUCAAGAGGGAGCUGGAACUGACUGCAAGAUGCCUUAAGGGUGUAGAACAAGAGAAAAAGGAACUGAGGCACCUUACGGAGUCCUUGCAGCAGACGCUGGAGGAACUCUCCAUAGAGAAGAAGAAAACCCUGGAAAUGCUGGAGGAGAACGAGAACCACCUGCAGACACUGGCCAAUCAAAAUGAGCAGCCCCCUCCCAGCGGGGGUCUCCAAAGCAACCUCCGGCAGAUCGAGGAGAAGAUGCAGCAGCUCUUAGAGGAGAAGCUCCUGGCAGAGAAGCGGAUAAAGGAGAACGAGGAGCGUUCACGGGCCCUGGAGGAGGAGUGUGAAUUCUACUCCAGCCAGUCCCAGGCAUUGCAGAACUCGCUGCAGGAGCUGACGGCAGAGAAGCAGCAGGCUGAGCAGGAGCUCAAGGCUGAGGUGAAGGUCCGAAUGGACCUGGAGAGGCGUCUCCGGGAGGCAGAGGGGGCCUUGCGAAGCCUGGAACAGGGGCUGAACUCCAAGGUGCGGAAUAAGGAGAAGGAGGAGAGGAUGCGGGCAGAUGUGAGCCAUCUGAAAAGGUUCUUUGAGGAGUGCAUCCGGAAUGCCGAGCUGGAGGCCAAGAUGCCUGUAAUCAUGAAGAACUCCGUGUACAUCCAUAAAGCAGCCACUCGCCGCAUCAAGAGCUGCCGCUUCCACCGGCGCCGGUCCAGCACCUCCUGGAAUGAUAUGAAGCCAUCCCAGUCCUUCAUGACCUCCCAGCUGGAUGCCAACAACAUGGAGGAGCUAAAGGAGGUGGCCAAGCGGCUCAGCAGGGACCAGCGCUUCCGGGAAUCCAUCUACCACAUCAUGGCCACCCAGCCUGGAGCCCCCUCAGCACUCUCCCGGAGCGGAAAGUGAUGGGCGCUCCUCCCCUGCCUCCCAGUCUUUCCUGGAUGGGUCGGGGAGAAGGGGUGGCAGAGGGAGGCCUCACUCUACCAGCUCCUGGACUCUCUGGUUUGGAGCCUGCCUCUCCUCUGGGGCAGAGCUCCAUCUGGGGCCAGCCUUGCCCUCAAAGGACAGGGACACUGCCUUCCUCACCCUCACCCCACACCCCACUUUUGGGUCUACACCAGGGCCAUGCAGGCCUGAGCGGGUGCUGGUUGUCAUGGUGAGGUGAGGACAGGGUCUGGUUGUAUGUGGAGAUUUGUGUUGGAUGGGGAGAGGGGCAGGGAGAGGCUGUCUACCACUGUGCGGUCGGGCAGGGCCUGCCCCACUGAGGAAGAUGGCUGACCACAUCUUCCCAUAGCCCAUAGCCUAUUCUGUGGAAAGAGAAGUAUCACUGCCUCUAAGCACACAUGCACAUCUUCUGCUAGGCUGGCCAAGCUCAGGCUGGGCUGCCCUGCUCUUUGCUCAGUGCUGCCUGCCAAAACUAAUCUUAGUGGCCCCUAUCAGUGACGGGUGGACUUUGAUGGCUUCAUCUAGUCUCUGCAACAUCCAGCUGGGGAGAGGGCUGAGUCAGUUUGGAAUAAAUGCAUUUGACAGGGCUGAGUCUAAAUGUAAAACUUUAAGCAUGUAUAAACCUGCAUGUAUAUAAAUAGCUGGGCAUGGUGGUGCCCAUGGACCUCUCUGGGACUCUGCAGCCCUGCCCCUGGUCCUCAUGUAGAAAGGCCUCAUCUCCUCACCUUGACAUUCCCUUUUCCCCAGGAUUUCCCAACGCUCUCUUUGCUUUUGACACUCAGUGAAAUGUCCCUCGGCUGAGGCCCCUCAUUUACACCACAUCAAGGUGUCGGGAGGAAAGGGGCAUAGGACAGCAGCUUCUGGGCUCCUGACAUGCCGCACACCUGCCACAGUGCUGCCUUUCCUGAGCUCCGGCCCUGGCUGGGGGACCACCUGCUGAAUCCCUUCCUCCUCUGGUGCGCUUACUCACUCACACAGCCUCGGCACCCUGUGUGGGCAGAGUGAUGGCACCAUGUCCCUCCUGCAUGUGCACCUAGGGCCCUGGCUGAGAGUUGGGGCCAGCAGUGAUGCUGGGGGCUCUCCCAGAGGACAUGUAAGAAGCUUAGGAGUGGGCCAGACACAGUGGCUCAUGCCUGUAAUCCCAGCACUUUGAGAGGCCAAGGCGGGAAGACCACUUGAAGUCAGGAGUUCGAGACCAGCCUGGCCAAUACAGUGAAACCCUGUCUCUACAAAAAGAUAAAAUAAAUAAAAUAAAUAGCUGGGCAUGGUGGUGCACACUUGUAGUCCCAGCUACUUGAGAGGCUUAACCGAGAGGAUUGCUUGAGCCUGGGAGGUUGAGGCUGUAGUGAGCUGAGAUCAUGUCACUGCACUCCAGCCAGGGUGACAGAACAAGACCCUGUCUCAAACAAACACAAGCAAAACAAGCUCAGGAGUGAAGGAAAGUCACUCUGGUUCCUGCAUUAUGUACUCCUGGUUGGGUAAGGAGCCAGUGUUCCUGCUGGUCAAGAGAUCACAGAUGGCUCCUUCCCAACUGUUCCUGCUUCAGUCACCUUGCUGCCUCCUCUCCCUGCAGAGGCUUCAGCCUGUGAAGCAGCGUGACCAUGAACCUUAGUAGAUGGGGAGAUUGGGCCUGUGAUGAGGCCAGUAGUCACAAACAUCAAUCUGUAGCUUCUGUGGAAGACCACUACCCUGCAGGGGGCUCAGGGUGUGUCUGUACCUCACUUGUGGACAGACAGACUGCCCAGCACCUCUCCCUGCAGGCCCACCCUCCAAACUACCUGAGGCUAUUGGCCUGUCCAGAAAAGGGGUCCUUCUGGGAUCAGGGUGCUCUUGGAUACUGCUGGCAUUAAAGGUGCUCAUUCUUUGCUGCUUGGAAAACAGAGACGUUCUGAGAGAUAGACAGAUAGCUUCUAGGCAAGUACCAGCCGAAGGUGCAAGUCCCUGGGAGCCCAUAGCCUAUUCUGUGGAAAGAGAAGUAUCACUGCCUCUAAGCACACAUGCACAUCUUCUGCUAGGCUGGCCAAGCUCAGGCCGGGCUGCCCUGCUCUUUGCUCAGUGCUGCCUGCCAAAACUAAUCUUAGUGGCCCCUUUCAGUGACGGGUGGACUUUGAUGGCUUCAUCCAGUCUGCAGCAUCUAGCUGGGGAGAGGGCUGAGUCAGUUUGGAAUAAAUGCAUUUGACAGGGCUGAGUCUAAAUGUAAAACUUUAAACAUGUAUAAACCUGCAUAAACCUGGAACUUGUUUCUCUAAUACAUAUGAAAGAUGAACUUUGAAAUGAAGGGGAAUAUUUAUAAAACCAAGAUGACUGUUUCCUUUGUUUUUAAAGAAUUAAUCGUGGCUUGCUUUUAGAGAGAUCUUUUGUAAAUUUUCAAAUGCAUUUGUUUUUCUUGGGCAAGCUAUUAACCAGAAAGGAAAGUGCUAAUCUUCAUUUGCUUUGUGCUGCUAUAACAGAAUACCUGAGACUGGGUAAUUUCUAAGAAACAGAAAUGUAUUGGCUCACAGAUAUGGUGGCUAAGAAGUCCAAUAUCAAGGUGCUGGCAUCUGGCAAGGACCUUCUUGUUGCAUCAUCCCACAGUUGAAAGACAAAGAGACAGUGAGAGAGCAAGAGAAGCCAAACUUAUUCUUGUAUAACAAACCCACCCCCUUGAUAAUGACAUUAAUCCAUUCAUAAGGGUAGAGUCUUCAUGGCUUAAUCAACUCUUAAAAAUCCCACCUCUUUUGGAUCACCUGAGGUCAGGAGUUUGAGACCAGCCUGGCCAACAUGGUGAAAUCCCAUCUCUACUAAAAAUACAAAAAUUAUCUGGGAGUGAUGGGUGUCUGUAAUCCCAGCUUCUCGGGAAGCUGAGACAGGAGAAUCACUUGAACCUGGGAGGGGGAAGUUGCAGUGGCUGAGAUUGCGCCAUUGCACUCCAGCCUGGGCAACAUGAGUGAAACUCCAUCUUAAAAAAGAAAGAAAGAAAAAAGGUCCCACCUCUUAAUAUUGUUACAAUGGCAAUCAAAUUUCUUUUUUUAAUCCUGCAAACUACUGGGAUGGUAACUAAAUUUCAAUGUGAGUUUGGGAGGGAACAAACAUUCAAACUCUAUCAGUGCUUUUCCAUGCACAUUUACCAGUUGGUACUUCCUCCUAUUCUCAACCUGUAUUUUCCAUGCCUCAGGCAAGUCUGAGUUAUCUUCAGCCAACUGAACAAUCCAUGUGUUUAUUUGUUAAAAGCUUACUAUGUAUUUAGCUCUGUAAAUAGAAAAAUAGCAACAUCUCUAUAUGAAAGUAUGUAGGGAUGGAAAUUGCUUAAUGGAACUAUAUUGAUAUAAUUUUUUUAAUUUUUAAGAACAAAACUGUUAUUCCUUGGCCAAUUAAAUGCAUUUCCUGCAAUAUCUCUUUAA